UUCUCUUCCUCUCACAGCCGCUUCUUUUCGCCCUCUACUCUUCCUUCUGAUUUCAAUUUUGUAAACAAAUAAAUAAAAUAAAAUAGGCCUGAUACCGCUAUCUCAGAGCUGCUCCGGCCGAAUCGAAUCCGUUGCAGAUUUUGUUGAUUUUCGUCAAAUGUUAGCUGGGCCUUUUCUUUUCGUCGGACAGGGAGAUUGAAUUUGGGUAUUGUUCACGCCUCAAUUUAUUUUUCAUUUUGGCUUGUGAUUUAUGGAAGGAUGAAAGGUAUUAGAGACUGGGUUUUCACUCAAGUUUUGGCCUCUUCUAGACCACUGUCCGGCAGCGGUGGUUUCUUUCCUGAGGCUCCUUCGUCUCAAGAAUUUGAAUCAGAAGAUCAAGGUUCAUCUCAGACCAGCAGUUCGGUAGCAUUGUCUGUGCCUCCUUAUAUAUCAUCCUCUUCUGGUAAUAUUCAUGAUAAUGACCCUUUUAUUUCACGGCAGCAAGUCGUAGUUGAAGGUUCUAAUCUAUCACAUAGUGGUCCUAGUAGAAAAAAGAUGGACCCAUUGGCUAAGAUUGAGAAACUCCAAAUUACAUUCUUGCGUCUUCUCCAACGUUUGGGGCAACCUCAUGAUAAUCUUCUGGUGGCAAAAGUUUUAUAUAGGAUGCACCUGGCAACAUUGAUACGAGCAGGGGAAUCAGAUUUAAAAAGAGUGAACUUAAGAAAUGAGAGAGCCAAAACAAUAGCAAGGGAACGGGAGGCAUCUGGUCUCCAAGGGUUAGAUUUCUCUAUUAAAAUACUUGUCCUCGGCAAAACAGGAGUUGGCAAGAGUGCAACCAUAAAUUCUGUGUUUGAUCAACCUAAAACUGAGACCAGUGCAUUUCAACCUGCCACUGAUUGCAUUCGAGAGGUCACGGGAACUGUUCAUGGGAUUAAAGUAACAUUCAUUGAUACCCCUGGUUUUCUACCUUCAUCUACUAGUACAAUGAGAAGGAAUAGGAAAAUUAUGCUGUCUGUGAAGAAAUUCAUUAGAAGAUCCCCACCAGAUGUUGUUUUAUACUUUGAGCGGCUUGACCUCCUCAACAUGGGUUAUAGUGAUUUCCCCCUUUUGAAGCUUAUGACUGAAGUUUUUGGUAAUGCAAUUUGGUUUAACACUAUCCUUGUCAUGACACAUUCUUCUUCAGCACUUCCUGAAGGACCUAACGGGUAUCCUGUCAAUUAUGAAUCCUAUGUGAACCAUUGCACUGAUUUAGUGCAGCAAUAUAUACACCUGGCAGUAUCUGAUUCAAGGCUUGAAAACCCUUUACUUUUAGUGGAAAAUGACCCUCAGUGCAAAAGAAAUUUCAUAGGGCAAAGCAUACUUCCAAAUGGACAGGUUUGGAAAUCUCGGUUCUUUUUAUUAUGCAUAUGUACCAAGGUUCUUGGUGAUGCCAACAAGCUCUUGGAGUUUAAAGACAGUAAUGAAUUAGGACAAUUAAGUAACAAUCAGUUGCCUUCUCUGCCUCAUCUUCUCUCAACUUUUCUACAGCAUCGGUCAGUAUCAAAUCCAGCUGAACCAGAAAGUGAACUUGAUGAGAUUCUGCUCUCAGAGGAAGCAGAAGAGGAGUAUGAUCAAUUGCCUUCAAUUCAAAUCCUGACGAAGUCUCAAUUUAAAAAAUUGACUAAAUCACUGAAAAAAUCCUAUCUUGAUGAGCUGGAAUACAGAGAGACUCUUUAUUUGAAGAAACAGUUGAAAGAAGAGUGCCUUAGACGGAAGGAGGGCAAGCUCUCCAAAGAGAAGAGCUCUGAAGGUAAUGAUGGUGAUGAUACUGAUAACAAGGUAGCUCCAGAGGCUGUCCAAUUACCGGAUAUGGCAGUCCCUCCAAGUUUUGACUCAGAUUGCCCCAUACACAGAUACCGCUGCCUUGUCACAAAUGACUUAUGGCUUGCGAGACCUGUUCUCGAUCCCCAUGGAUGGGAUCACGAUGUUGGAUUUGAUGGAAUAAACUUGGAGACAGCUUUGGAAGUGAAAAAGAAAGUUUUUGCUUCAAUUGCAGGACAGAUGAGCAAGGACAAGCGCAAUUUCAGUAUUCAUUCUGAAUGUGCAGUAGCAUAUGCAGAUCCUGUCUGGCCAACUUAUUCUUUAGGACUUGAUGUUCAGUCUACUGGUAAAGAUCUUAUGUAUAAUGUCCACAGCAAUGCAAAGCUGAGGAGCCUCAAGCACAAUUUCACUGAUUGUGGACUCUCUGUGACAUCAUUUCGAAACAAGUAUUAUGUUGGUGCUAAGCUUGAGGAAACCAUCUUGGUGGGGAAGAGAAUGAAGUUUGUUAUGAAUACUGGGUUAAUAGAGGGUUCUAGACAAGUGGCAUACGGUGGGAAUUUUGAAGCUUCUUUUAGGGGGAGGGACUACCCUGUGAGAAACGAUCAUCUUAGCCUGACUAUGACAGCUCUCUCAUUUAAAAAAGAGACAGUACUUGGUGGUGGUUUCCAGUCCGAGUUUAGGCCGAUUCGAGGUAUGCGGCUUGCUAUUAAUGGCAAUAUAAAUAGCCAGAAAAUGGGGCAAGUUUGUGUGAAAAUGAGUAGCUCUGAUCAUGUGGAGAUUGCAUUGGUUGCUGUCUUUUCAAUUUUCAAGGCCCUUUUGCAUCGAAUGGCCACUGAAAAUGGAGAUAUUGAAGCAUUGGAGGGUGCCUAAGUGCCAGAAUAUUUUGCUGCAACAGAAAGACUGGUCACGAAAACGUUCUAUAUCUCGAAUGCUCUUUUCAUCCAAACAUAUGAUAUUGUUUGCGGGGUUUUUCGAGAUCUUUUUGGAUAUUGUUCGUGUUAGUUCAGAUAUGUAGGAAAAAAGACAAGGUGUUGGAUGUUUGUCCCACUGCUAGCUCCACUAUGCUGAGGAGGUGAUGGUAUUUGAGUACCCAGUAGAGCUUCCAUCCAUGUCUGCUGAGGUCAGUGUCAAACAAGGCCAUAGCUGUACAGGAAUUCAUGAUAAAUGAGGGUUUUGUAUUGUGAUUCAUGGAAUAAACCAUAAUAGUUUAUAGUUGUAAAAGAUUGAACAUAACUCUUUAAUUUUGAUC